AUGGCCAUGACCAGCAAGUUCGUUUUGCCGCUGCUGCUGGCGGUGCUGAUGCUGUUGGUCGUGUCAGGGUCGGCGCGCCGAGUGGAAGGCGACAAGUGGGCCGCCGGCGGCGAAGCCGCCUCAGGCGUUGGCCAUCCUACAAUACAGUUCAUCAAACGGCUGUACUUGCAACAACUGACAGGUCCAUGUCCCUCCGACAUGACCUACGACCCAAACAGCACCCCACACUGCCACCAUCGGUAA